AUGAUUUUGUCUGCUUUAUUGGAAAAAGUAUGUGGAAAUUACGGCUAUCUUCAAAGUCAAUGUCGAGUACUGAGCUCUACAAAGAAAGUUGAGCUCAUCUUCUCAUUCAUCUUCAACAAGAUUGAAUACAUUAGAUACAACAGUACUGAUCAGAAAAUUGUUGGCUACACUGAAUUUGGAGAGAAAUUUGUUGAAAACUAUAAAAAUAACACAUUUGUGCUAGUCCUGGCUGAGUUUGGGAUUGACAACUGCAAAAAAAUUGCAAAGGCACUAAUCUCUGAUGGAAUGCUGAAUCAUGUGACAGUGAAACCAGAAGUCAUUAUUCGGUCAGUUACUGAAGCUAAAGGCAAUCAGAAAGCUGUCCUGGUGUGCAGUGCCUAUGACUUUUACCCCAAAGCCAUCAAACUGACGUGGAUGAGGAAUGAUAAAAAGGUUACAGCUGAUGUGAUGUCCAUUGAGGAGAUGGCUGAUGGAGACUGGUAUUAUCAGAUUCAUUCCCACCUGGAAUAUUUUCCUCAACCUGGAGAGAAGAUCUCCUGUGUGGUGGAUCAUGCCAGCUUCCAUAAACCCAUGAUCUAUUACUGGGAUCCCUCUCUCCCCGAGACUGAAAGAUCUAAGAUCAUUCUUGGGGCUGUGGGGCUGCUGAUGGGGAUCUUUACAGCAGCUGCAGGAGUGAUCUAUUAUAAAAGAAAACAAACAGGUUAG